GUGCUUAGCGUCUGCUCUCCGCUGGCAUUACUGCGAUUGAGGGGGUCGCCGCUGGACGCCGGACUGCAGCAGUACCCAGCUCCCUAAAUUGUGACAAUUGAUUUCAAUUUGUUCUGCGCCGGUUAAGGGGAGCGCCCUCCGACAACGAUGUUUGAAUCGAUGCUGAAUCUGUGCGCGGGUCGCAUGGUCGCGGACUCGACUACCUCUGGAAUGGAUGGUCGAGAUGUGACCAAGACGAUGAUUUGCCGAGCCUGUCUGGUGCUGCUGGGGCCCCAGGAUGCCUCGUACCACCUGGACAGCGAAGAGGACUUGGCUAGGAAGUAUUUCGGCUGCACUGGAGGCGAUCCGGAGAAGGCAUUCGCUCCGCAGGACGAAGACUUGCCACCCCAGUUGGUCCUGAAAAGCAUCUGCGAAUGCUGCUACCAACUGGUGCAAAAAUUCCACGACUUUCAACGCAUGUGCGAAGAGUCCUUGCGCAAUUUUGAGAAGCUGCUCCUAGACAUCGACUUUGAGUGCACUAAAAAUCAGAAUGAUAUCAAUACACGCCUCUUGGAUACCCCCUCGGAAAGCCAUGAGUCCACUAAUCAGGAAGCCCACAUGGACGCACCCUGCAGCGAAUCAGCCGAAGAGAUUGAGGAGGUAUACAUAAUUGAGGACGAGGCUGCCAAACAGGAUAUUGGAAAAGAGAUGUUACCCGUUUCGUCCAUUAGAAAGUUGCUGAAAGGAAGGAGACGGAGAGGUGAAAGACUCACCCUCGAGUGCAGCAUAUGCCGCCGAGGCUUCUACAAAUCCGCGCUGCUGGAGGCCCACAUGAAGCAACACGAGGGUCUGAAACCGUAUACCUGCGUCCAUUGUGCCAAGAGUUAUGCGAGGGCCAAUCUGCUAGACACGCACCUGCGGGAGAGGCAUCAUAAUCCGUCCGCGAGGGCAACCUAUCCCUGCCCGAACUGCAAUAAAGUGUACACAGCUGAUCGAAGUCUCAAAUAUCACUCAAAGAGGGCACACCAAGUGACUCAUAGGCCAGAUACCUCCGACUCCCUGCACAUUUGCGAACAGUGCGGAAAGUCCUUUGUGCGCAGGGCCCUUCUCACACGUCACAAAAGGAUCCAUGGAAACGAGGAGUAUCGGAAGUACUCCUGCGAUUUCUGUGACCAUAGAUUCUACACCAAGGAGAACAUGGUGGACCAUACGCAGCGAAGACACGGCAACAAGACCCUACUCAGGUGCCGAAAGUGCGGACGCAUUUUCAGGAGCAGCUCAACCCUCAGCACUCACCUGAAAAAACACGAGGUGGCCAGCGGAUAAUGUAGUUCAAUAAUUUGUUUUAUUUGUGGUUUCAAUAACAUCAAGCUAACUCAACUGUUACAA